CCCCCUCAGAUGUUAACUUUACGUCAGUCGAUUAAAAAAGAAUUUUCACAAAAAAAUACACCUGAAAUUUACGUAUCUCCUUUAUUUUGUUCAUUUAUAAAGUCAAAUAAUUGCCUGUGAAUCGAUGUAAUGGAAACAAGAAAAUGUUAUUCGCAAUUUUACCAAACAAAUGGCUAUAUUUCAACCAACAUUCCAAACCAAAACACCAAUUGAUGAGUAUUUUCAAUUCAUAAGUAUCACAAUCGAAACUUCGCAAAAAAUAGACGACCAUACGGAGUACAUUUUGAAAGUUCAAAGAGGCCCGAAUAAAGAAAACUGCUGGAAAUUAUCGAGACGGUACAAUGAUUUCGUUGAAUUGCAUAAAUGUCUUCAUGUUUCCGGCAUUGAGUUGCCAUUUCCAGAAAAGAAAUAUUUCGGGAAUAUGCAACCUGAAUUUAUAGCUAAGAGGCGCUUUCAACUACAAGAAUAUUUAAACGCAAUACUCAUGAAUCCAAUAUUAGCGUCUUCGUUGCCAGCGAAGAAAUUCGUUGAUCCAGAAAGCUACAAUCAAUCGUUUCACGACGUUUCCGUACAAAAUGCCGUUUUAUGUCUAAAAGCCGAGAAUCAUUACGUGCUGGGACCAUCAUUAGGAAUGAUCGGUUGGCGCCUAAGAAAACACUAUUUCCGUACAUCAUUGCGAUUACCGGCCGCCAAAACCAGUGGCCAUACCGCCAAACUGGUCAAAUCCGGUUCACAGCCACAAGCCAAACAACACCAACUCCAAUCAUCGUCGCUGACAUUCAACGGAUCACUCGAAAUUCCGAACAAUUCGUUGGCUGCAUCGAACAGUGAACUCGUCCUGUCAUGGACGGAAUUCGGACCGGAUCGCCACAUUUGCGAUAAGGAAAUUCCGAACAUUUUCAAAUACAUGUCGGAAUUGCAUCAUCCGUUCAUCGAACCGUGCGUGUAUGCGACGUCGAACGACAGCGGUGCUUUAAUAAUACGCAAAUUUUACGCUCAAGGGAGUCUCAAAGAUUCACUGUGCGGAUCAUCGCCUAAAAAUCCAUUUUUGGGCAAAUAUGGUAAUCCAAAGGGCAGAGCACCGUUACCAUUGAAAGAAGUUGCCAUGUUCGGACGCCAAAUAUUAGAAGCUUUAAGAUUUUUACAUUCCAAAGGAUAUCCGUUUGGACACAUUCAUGCCGGAAAUGUGGUCAUUUCUGAUGGCGUUGCCCGGUUGCUGGAUAUUGAAAAUUUUGUUUUGGGCGUGCCAUCGUUUUACCGGCCAUUUUUCGUGCAGCACAGCAAGAUCGCAACGGCUGAAAACGUUGACGUAUACAGCUUUGGCCAUCUAAUGUACGAAAUGAGUAUGGGCUAUCCGUUGCAAGAGUCCGUCACCCGUCAACCAAUCGAAUGUUCCGAAAGCUUGAAGAGUCUACUGGAGUCGAUUUUAUCGAAAGAGGCAUGCCAGAAGCAGCUACCCACAUUGGACAGUUUGGUCGAACAUCGGUUUUUCGCCGAAUAUGCGCCCCGUUUCAACGAACAGUAUUCGGCUUUAAUUGCAUCGAAUCGACCGCACUUGAAGUUAUCGGCUGCAGCCAAAGAACAAAUGAGAAUUGCAACCCAGAAAAUCGAGCAACGGCUGCAAAAUGAACAAAAAUCAGUCAAACACCAAAAACGACUAGUCAGAGUACAGGAAAUGAUGACAUCCGAGGAAGAGAAGAAGAAAAGCAAGCACAAAGCUCACAAACUGGAACACAAACAAUCCAAAUUGCGGCAACAGAACUCACUACAAUUGGGCAACAAUGCGUCCGGAUCGUUGCUGUCGCCACUUCCAAAGUCAGAUAGCGUUCACAGCAUAUCAACGGGACAGAGUGGUUUGUUAUCGCCGCCACCCAACACGAGCACUGCAACACCAACAGGAACUAAUGGCGCAUUGUUUCAAUCGGCAGGACCACCGCCGCCUCCACCACCAAUACCACCACCACCACCGCCAUCACUACCAGCAAUGGAUUCAAACGCAUCUCCCGAUAAAGUCGUAGUACGAUCAGCACUACUAAACUCGAUCAGUAGUUUUAAUAAAUCGGCACUAAGGAAAGUUGCAUCGAGUGAUUGAGGUGAAUGAAGAGAUAUAAAAAAUUAAUUAAUUAUUUUUCUGUCCGUCUUGUAUUAUUGUGCUCAUCAUAGUUAAACUAUAAACAAAUUUCAAAGAUUUUUAAAAAUUAUCCGAAUAUUUUUGAUAUUGAAAACAUUUGAAACAAUUGGGCGAAUGCUUUAACGUGAACUGAUUUUAGAAA